UAUCGCAUCUAAAACGUGGCUUUUGUCAUCUAUAUGACGAUGAGGGGACCCUCAUAUCGUCCGUUAUCUCCUGAUGUUAACCUUCGCCCUUAUAUAAUAUUCAAUUUAGUUUUACUUCGCAUCUCAUCAAAGACUGACUAUGUUAGUAAUCAACUUUUUGAUAUUACUUACUGUUAUACCGGUACACCAAUUAAAAUGAAAGGCAAUUUUCGUACGGAAUCAAUUUCGUUAUGUGAUAAAUUAUGGAUGGUAAUACGGUCGAUAGGUGUCGGGCUUUGGGUAAUGUGCAAAUAUUUCUUCAAGAAAGUCUGCUAUCCGAAUUCAGCAGUGAGCGCUCCUCUGAAUAAACAACCGGCCUGUUUAGUUGACGCUACAUUUGGUCACCAUAAAUACGUCAAAAUUCAGCACACGAAAUUUCACUACGUAGAGGCAGGACAGCACAAUUUGCCAGUUGUACUACUAUUACAUGGAUUUCCAGAUUUUUGGAUUAGUUGGAGGUAUCAAUUGCCAAUUUUGUCCACGCACUUUCAUGUGAUAGCUUUAGAUCUGAAAGGUUUUGGCGAUUCGGAAAAACCAUUGUGGCGCAGAAGUUAUAAGCUGAAGAGGAUAUUACAAGAACUGAAAGCAUUUAUAAAAACAUUGGGAAUUUCGGAAUGUUCAAUAAUUGGCCAUGACUUGGGAGGCUUGCUAGGAUGGUUUUUAGUACACGAUUCGCCAGAGCUUGUGGAUAAAUUUAUAGCUGUAUCUUGUCCUCAUCCGAAUGUCUACUGGAAAACGCUUACUCCGCAGUACAUUUUCAAUUCAAAUUGGGUGGAUUUUGUUCAACUACCUUAUUUACCGGAAAUGGACGCACUUCUAGAUGAUCUCAAAAUAUUAACAGUAAGUCACAAGCAUUUAUAUCAAAAAGAUGACUACUUAGAAGCAUACAAAUACUCAUUUUCGCGUAUGGAAGACUGGACCGGGCCGAUGAACUACUAUCGCAAUUUACCAUACAUUCGCGUUUGUAAAUCCACGGAUCAAAUCAAGGUUAAAACGCUACUGGUACAAGGAGACAAAAAUCACAACAUCAAUUUAGAAGGCGUGAUCAGAUCAACGGAGUAUUGCGAAAAGUUCCUAUUAAGAGUAAUAGAAGGAACCGGCCAUUUUCCACAUCAAGAGAAUCCAGACUUGUUUAAUAGAGAAAUCCUGAAGUUCCUACAAAUACAAAACAAUCCCAAAUUAUCGGAUAAGGUGCCAUCUAAAACUAUCAUGGGUCGGUUUAUCGGAGCUGGUUCUUCUAUCGUGAGAUAUGGAAAUUCUGUUUUAGUUAACGUGCAGAAUAAAACCAAAAAUGGGGUACUGGCAAAUAUUCCUAGUAUAGGAAGAAAUAAAGAAGACUGCUCUAUCUCUAACCCUGACUAGAUCAUUGUGCAGUAAAAUGAAGAAAUGGCCAAAACUUUUUGUGGUGUUACUGGUUUUUAAAAUGCCGAAUCACACUACAAACUGUACUCUUUUUAAUUGUUCCUAUAUGUAUUUAAUUGUCAUUUUUGUUAUUUAUAAAAAUUAACGAUUUUAA